GGAGUUCAAGAAAACUGCGAGCAAGGAAGCCGUCGCUCCGGUAAUUACUCCGAGAGUUAGUGACCAUCGAAGACGCAACCGCGCUGAUCGCUUUGGUGAACAGAGGCACGGAGUACGGCUUCAGGUGGCACCGAGCCGCUGCGAACGUCAUGCCAAACCCGCUAGUCUGAAUUCGCUUCAAUUCCAUUCAGAAGAGCUCUGAGGGCAUCGGAAGCUCGCAAAAUUAUGGCGAUGGAUAGCAGUGAAAUCGAACAACUGGAGCAGCUAUGCAGUCAGCUCUACGAUCCGGCAGCCGAUCCGAAUCAGCGUCAAUUGGCCGAAAAGCGUCUUGUGCAGUUCUCCCACAGUCCCGAUUGCCUCAACAACUGUCGUAUGCUUCUCGAGCGCGGAAGCACGCCGUACUCGCAAGUGCUAGCCGUGACCACCCUCACGAAAUUGGUCAGUCGUACACCAAACCAGCUCUCUGUGCAGGACCGAUUGGAUGUACGCGAAUACAUCCUCCAAUACCUAUGCACUCGUCAGAACUUGGCUCCAUUCGUUGUCCAGGGUAUGCUGCAGCUGUUCGCUCGCAUCACCAAGAACGGAUGGCUUGAGGAGGAAAAAGACAAUUCGUACCCAUUCCGAAAAGUCACCGAUCAAUUGCGACGGUUCAUCCAAGUUUCGAGAGAAGAUUGUUUGGUCGGAGUUAGAACAGUGCAGCUACUCGCUCAACUGGUGUCCGAAAUAAAUCACAUUUCCGAGGCUGAAGCUCACCGGAGUCUCACGAAACAGCGCAAAAUCGCCUCAUCCUUCCGAGACAACCAACUCUACGACAUCUUUUGCAUGGCCUGUGAACUUCUGGACAAGGGUCUCGCACUCCUGAAGACGAACCCUCAAGACGAAAACGUGACGAUACCGAUGCAUCACGUCCUGAGGCUGGCCUUCAACUGCUUAACGUUUGACUUCAUCGGAACGUCCCCUGAUGAAAGUAGCGACGAUCUCUGUACAGUCCAAAUACCCACGGGAUGGAGGCUCAUCUUCCUUGAGAACAUACCAGGAACCUCCAGGAGCACCGUUCAGCUUUUCUUCGAACUCUAUCAACACAUGGCUUCGAACGGAGGGCUGGCAUUGAGUUGCGCAGUCCAGAUUGCGUCCGUCAGAAGAUCUCUGUUCAAUAACAUGGAACGCGCCAAGUUCCUCAAUCAGCUAGUGCAGGGUGUGAGAAAAAUCCUCGAGAACCCACGGGGCUUGGAGGAACAGAGCUGUUGCCACGAAUUCUGUCGAUUAUUGGCGAGGCUGAAAUGUAAUUAUCAAUUGGGAGAACUUGUUAAGGUUGACAACUACGCAGAAACAAUACAACUCAUCAGCGACUUCACGGUGACUUGCAUCCAAAUGCCCCAAUUCGGAACCAAUACUCUGCAUUACUUGCUGAGCUUGUGGCAGCGGAUGGUUGCGUCGAUUUCCUACGUCAAAGCGACAGAGCCUCAUCUCUUGGAGAUACAUUCACCACGCAUCGUGCAUGCGUACGUGUCGUCCCGCCUCGAAAUCGCGAAUAAGGUCGUUUUGCAAAGCAUGGACGAUCCUUUGGACGAUAUCGGAAUGGUACAGCAGCAACUAGAUCAGUUCUCCGUGAUAUGUCGCUGCAAGUACGACAAAACGUGCCAACUUCUCGUGCAGAUUUUCGACACCACGAUUUCAAACUGUCAGUCAGGUACUCAAGACAAAGCUGUAGCUGAAGCGCAACUGGCUUGGCUUGUGUACAUCAUUGGUGCAGCUGUUGGGGGGCGGAUAUCGUUCUGUUCGACCGAAGAACAAGAUGAAAUGGACGGACAGAUGGUAUGCCGAGUUCUCCAACUGAUGAACCUCAACUUGCAGCAGAACAGUUCCAAUGGCGGACUACCGGUUGCGUCCGAGAAAUUGGAGCUAGCCAUGCUGAGCUUCUUCGAGCAAUUCCGUAAAAUAUACGUGGGUGACCAAGUUCCUAAGACGAGUAGCGUCUACGUGGCUCUUUCCGAGGUACUCGGCCUCGCUGACGACUCAUCUGUUCUCGCAGUGUUCGUGCGAAAAAUCAUCACGAACCUCAAAUGUUGGAGUACGUCGGAAUUGGUCACGAACAAAACCCUUCAUCUUCUCUCAGAGCUUUCAGUUGGUUAUUCGAGUGUUCGAAAGUUGGUGAAACUCGAAGAGGUACAAUUCAUUCUGAACAACCACAGUGCGGAGCACUUUCCUUUCUUGGGCUACCCUUCAGGGAUCACGGACACACGAUGCCGCACCACGUUCUAUACGUCAUUAGGUCGCAUGCUCCUAAUCGAUCUCGGUGAAGACGAAGAACGAUUCGAUCACUUCAUGGUGCCUCUGACGAGCACAAUCGAGAAUGUCGGCCGGAUCCUCCUAAGUAACGAGCAGAUACCCAUGUUCAACACCGAGGACACGAAGAAAUGUCUCGUGGGAUUGGCUAGAGACCUGCGUGGAUUGAGCUUGGCUUUCAACACCAAAACCAGCUAUAUGAUGCUCUUCGAGUGGAUCUUCCCUAAAUACAUUCCCGUUCUACACCGUGCCAUCGAAAUUUGGUACCACGAUCCCGUGGUGACGACCCCCGUACUGAAACUGAUGGCCGAGUUGGUCCAAAAUCGAUCACAGCGACUUCAGUUCGACGUUUCAUCUCCAAACGGGAUUCUCCUAUUCCGAGAGACUUCGAAGAUGAUGGUCACCUAUGGGACGCGACUACUCAGUAUAGGCGAGGUACCCAAAGACCAAUUGUACAGCAUGAAGUUGAAAGGAGUCUCGAUUUGUCUUUCGAUGCUGAAAGCUGCCCUCUGCGGCUCAUACGUCAACUUUGGCGUCUUCAAGCUGUACGGAGACUCAGCGCUUGACGACGCGCUGAACACCUUCAUCAAAAUGCUUACCUCAAUCCCGCAAGAGUCGCUACUGAGCUACCCGAAACUCAGCCAAACCUACUACGUGCUGCUCGAGUGUCUUACGCAGGACCACAUGAAUUUCAUCGCGAAACUGGAGCCUUCAGUAUUUCUCUACAUCAUGUCGUCGGUAUCCGAUGGCUUGACCGCGCUCGAAGCGAUGGUCUGUACCGGCUGUUGUGCAAUCCUCGAUCACAUUGUGACAUACGUCUUCAAGUUUCUGAACAAAUCGAAAGCGGCUAAUCCAACCGACGGGGCUACGUGUGUGCAAGUACUUGAGCGGCAUCCUGAGAUCCUUCAGCAGAUGCUAGCUACACUGUUGAACAUAGUCAUGUUCGAGGACUGCAGAAAUCAGUGGUCGAUGUCUCGUCCGUUGCUAGGUCUCAUUUUGCUGAACCCGGACUAUUUCCGGCAGUUGACGAUUUCUCUCGUCGAGGCCCAGCCGCCUGAGAAACGGACAGGCAUGAUGUCCUGGUUCCAGGCGCUAAUGCUUGACAUCGACCGAAAUCUGCUGACGAAGAACAGAGAUAAGUUCACGAUGAAUUUGUCCGUAUUCCGAAAGGAGAUCAAUGAAUCGCUCAAAGGCCAGAGCUGUGGUACGCACACAUUCAACGAAAUGAUGAGUUAGGCUCCGUAUCCUCCGGAAAGGUCAUACUUCCAUACACAUGUUCAAAAGCCCGCGCAGUGAACCGAGCGCGGAGCCUCGCCGCGAAAUAGCGCCGUCAUCACCCUGACAGGGAGAUAUUGCCCUCUGGGAGGAAUGAAUUGAUUCCCUCCCGGCGGUGAUGGCAUGGUCGCUAGGACCAGCAGGGAGCACAAGGACGACGGAUUUAUUUUCAGUGAGAGGAGCCGGACCUCGAGGGAGACUUCAUUGGCGGAGCGUAGACUCUCACAAGAUCAAUCUGCAAGUAAGACGAGAGAAUGAACCCCUCGGUGAACCAACUUGAUCGUUCAAGCAGUCUGAUGAAGUGAGAUCGAAGAGGAAGAGUCCCGGAAGCAUUUAGGCUCAUCAUAUCCCCAGCAUUAUCGACAACAUGAGCUCUGGAUGAAGUUCGACAGAGCAGGCACACGAGAUACAGAUACACUAUUCAUGCA